AUGAUAAAAGCAUUUCCCGAUCAGAAACUCAGCGGAAAAGAUGGCACCAGAUUCGGUUUGUCCACAUUCAGUUCCAGCUACAAAUCACAUUUCUAUUUAUCAAACUACACAAAUCAGUCAGCCUACCUUUCCGCAAUUAGUCACGUGUCCUACACAGGUGGAGGUACCUAUCUUGGUCGAGCUCUUGAAGAAAUCUUAACCGAUCAAUUCACCGAAGAACGAGGUCUGCGUCCAGAAGUAGAUGGCGUACCUCGUGUUUUGAUUGUUCUAACGGACGGUAAAUCGCAAGACGCUGUUUCAACUCCAGGAAAGAAUGUGAGAGAUGAAAAUAUCGUCGUUUAUGCGAUUGGAGUCGGCAGGUAUGAUCUUGAACAACUUCAAGACAUUGCAACUUCUAAAUCACACGUUUACACACUGUCUACUUUUACCGAACUUGAGAAAUUAAUUUCCACGCUAACGGCGGCAACAUGCUAUGAACCCCGUUCUGCGUCUCUUAACGAGACAAUUAUAACAAACGUAGCAAAGGAUACGUAUCAGUAUUUCAGUUAUAAGGUGAAGCCAUCUUCAAACCUCGAGAUCAAUGUGGUCGAUUUAUCUGGCAGCACGAUUGUUUAUGUCUCUCGCACUAAUCCUCACCCUUACGAGUACAACUACGACAUUGUCUACGACCUUUCAACCCAAACGAACAAAAUCAUCGUCAUUUCACCCAUUAUACCUGUACCAAAUACAAAGGUGAAACGAUCAGCCGGAGACAAGCUCACACGACAGAACUAUGUCUCGGUAACUUCCAAUAUCAACUCGGCUUCGGCUUCGGCUUCGUUCGAGAUUGAAGGCAACGAAUGUAAUCCCUUGAACUGUACGGAGGGAACAAAUGAAAUGUCCACAACGGAACCUCCUACAACUCAGCUUCCGACAUCCUCGGUUCGUGUUGUUGUUGCUACAAAGUUCGUCGUGGUAAGUUUUGCGAUGUUGAUGAUGCUUUUUGGAAUAUAUGACAUUUGA